UCAGGUUCUGUAGCUGCACCAGAAAAAUUUGCAUCAGUUACAGAAAGAGCGCUGUUGAUAUGGCUGAGGAUGGGUAUCCUUUUGUAAACUCGAUGGACAGCCAUGCCACCUGUCCUCCAGUACCACCCAGGCUAAGCCAGGGGCAACGGUGUGCCAGGGUGGGACAGAAAGUGCUGUUCAUCCUGGUGAGCGUGGUAUUAUGCAGCAUGAUCGUAGAGGCCUGUCUCAUCUACCAUCUCUACCAAAUUGAAUCUGUCACCUCAGCAUCAAUCUCUAAGAUCAUCACAGAACAAGAUGUUGCUGCCACCAAACGGCCCAGUCCUGUUAUUUCUCCUUCCAAACCAGUUGCACAUCUGACAGAUGGACAAGACGUAGUUCAUGCAAAAGACAUUAUGGCAUGGAGCACAGAUGCAGACCCUCUCCUCUAUGAAAUAGACUACAAAGACAGAAGUCUUGUCAUUCAGAAGGAGGGGUAUUACUAUGUCUACUCCAAAGUUUCCUUCUCAGACAACGAUGUAUUUCAUCAUCUUGUUGAAUUGCGUACUGAAAAGUAUACUGGGAAAAGUAUUAACCUCUUGAAGUCCAGGAAAUAUUCCAAUCUUUCCAAACAUUCCUCUUACAAACAAUCCAACAGUUACUUGGGUGGAGUGUUUCACCUCUCCAAAGGUGAUGCCAUUUUUGUGAAAGUGAGCAACACCUCAAAAAUCGUGCGACAGAAACCGUCUGAUAAUGUCUUUGGUGCAUAUACGAUAUGAAUAUCAUACUAAUAUUUCACCAGAAAUCCUAAAAAUUGGAGUAAGAAUAAAUAAAAUUGGAUAAGAAAUCAUAUAACAUCUUUUUUUGAGGACUAAUGGUUCUCUUUGUAAUGAAAAGGUAAACACAACCAGAUUGGAGUGAAAACCUGGAAGUGUUAAGAAGGUCAGGACUGCUGACUCUUCAGUUUCUAAAUUGUGUUUGACAGUAUAACAAAAUUCAUUUUUUACAUCAGGGACUUUUUACAUGAUACCUUAUAUACUAACUUUACACUUAAUCUUUUGUGUGUUACGAACUGACACAUCAUAGAUGGAUAUUUUGAAGAUGACUUAUACUGCUUAGUUGGAUCUUCAUAUUUGUGCUGAGUUUAAUUGCAUGCAUCAUGUUGCAAACCAGUCUCACAUCAAAAUGUAUAGUAGCUAUGUUGGUCCACAGUGCAAAACAUAUUAGUUUCAGAUGCUUAUGUUUCUUUAGCCUAUUCUUUUCUACUGGCCUGCAUCCACAGUGCAAGUGGCUAGUUUCUGUCUGCAAAAACAAACAAAAUGGCUGAAAUUCCUUUUAUACUCAGGGGAAAUGCAUUAUUUUAGGAUAGCUUCAGCAUUGAAAUUCCUUUUAAUGACAUUUCUAGUGAGAAAUGUGCAUUUUAUUUUCAUAAUCUUUGUUCAGGGAAUGUAUAUGAUUUUUAGUUUGUUAGUUAUUAUGAAGGUUGUUUCAGGUCUUGCCAGAAAACCGUAGGAAUGCAAUGUUUCCGACCGUUGCUAUGGUGGUUGCUAUGGACCCUGCUGUCGCUGAAACCAUGUCGUUGCAUGUUGUGUGAAUCAUUGUCUUUGCGUUGUCUUGUUAU